AUGAAGCUAAUAUCUCUUGCUCGUGACAGUUUUGACUAUAUAAAAAGGCGUAUUAAUUUGAUUUUAUGGAUCUCAAUAGUGGUGUAUAUUUUUUAUGACACUUUUAUUUAUUACAAAGUUGGAAUACAAUUUUAUUAUUUAAGACAAAUUUUAGGGUUAGGACUAUGCAUCUCCCGUGGUACAGCGACUGUUAUAAAUUUAUGUUUCGCUCUCGUGUUGCUUCCGAUAUGCAAGAAGGUUAAUCAACUACUAUACAGAGUUUUAUGGCCAGGUUUAUUUUUUUUUUGGCUGGAAAGAGCAAAGAGUUUUCACAUGACUGUUGCCAUAACACUAUUAAUAUUUGCCGUGGUACAUUCCAUUUCCCAUUGUGUGAACUUGUGGAAUUUCUCCAGAGGGUACGACGAACACCAUGAAGAGAUUAACUUUGCCACCUACAGGAAUGAGAACCCCGUACGUCUACUACUCAGCACUGCAGGAGUAACAGGCGUAAUAAUGCUGAUCAUCACACUAUGUAUGGGUCUUACAUCUAUGAGGUUUGUGAGGAGGAGAUUCUACAACGCUUUUUGGUAUACCCACCAUCUGUACCUCGUGUUCAUUGUGAUGCUUAUAAUACACCCGUUGAGCGGUGUCUUGAAAGAAGAGGUUAUAAAAACUGAAAUUAGUCAGAAUCUUAGUCAAUCCUGCAAUACUUCUAAAUUUGUGCCUAUCAAAUCAAAGGGAUGGUUGUGGAUGUCACUGCCACUGACAUGCUUCCUUCUAGAUCUCGUGUGGCGAAUCUGUACCAGGAAUAGAGCAAAGGUUGAAAUAUUAGAAGUGAGUCAUAUGGCCGGACAUACAAUCAGCUUAACAUUAAGCUGCCCACACGAGUUCCAGUGUCAGAGCGGACAGUAUGUGUUGCUGCAAUGUUUAAACGUGUCACUCAUUGAGUGGCAUCCCUUCACCGUCGUUAAGGUUCCUACAUCAUACCAAAGAUUCUUCGUAGUAUGGAUAAGAGUAAAGGGUGAUUGGACUGAAGCUUUACAAAAAUUAUUAUUGGGACGGGCGCCUCACGAGAUCAGUAUGCUGGUAGACGGCCCAUUCUCUAGCCCCAUGGAGGGUGUGAGUCGCAGCCGAGUGGCGGUGUGUGUUGCGGCCGGCGUCGGGAUCACGCCCUUCGUGCCGGCGCUGCAGGACAUGCUGCUAAAUCCAAGGAACCGUUUACCAGGAAGAAUCCACCUUCUCUGGAUCGUCAGAAACGAAAGUGAACUAACCUGGCUAGCAGCCCUCGCUAAUCAAUCCAUAUUACAACUUCGAAACGCGAACCGCCCAGAUAGACUGCACAUAGAAUUUUAUGUCACCGGCUCUAACAAAGACGCUAGUAAUAAAGAUCAAAAUCCUAUAGCACAUAUGGUUGUGGAUGAAAAAGGACUCUCACAUAUCAUAAGAGACGAAGAAAGAGUCACUCUUCUUACUCCGAAUAAAAAAAGGGUUACGAAUGAAGGGAAGAGAGAAGCAAAUGAUAAUUACAGUAUAACGAAGGAGUAUCCUCUGAUUGGCUGUAGAGUUAGACGAGGCAGACCGCACUGGGAUCGAGUUUUCGGAUACUGGGUGCAUUUAUAUCCUGAGGACCAUCUGAACGUAUACUGCUGUGGACCAAAGAAAUUAGUGAAAUCAUUGAGAAACAACUGCAAACGCGCUUCUAAGACCAGUAAAACAAAGUUUACAUUAGUACACGAGGGUUUCUCUUGA